CACAAUGCAAACCCACGGCUUCCGGAUUUCCACUUGUAAAAUCACAGCCAGUUAGCUGUGUAGGCUGUGGGAUUAGUAGGCGGCCAGAAAUAUCGUCAUAAUCAUGGCGAGUCCAGAGCAAGUUAAGAUUGAAGUAGUGGUCAAGAACUGCGGGCAGCUGCUGGAGGGACCGCACUGGCACGCGGCUAGCCAGACCCUGUAUUUUGUUGAUAUUUACGGCAACGCAGUGCACCGCUAUCGCCCCGCGGACGACAGGCACGAAAAGGUCGAUGUAGGCGAGAAUGCAGGAACCAUCGUGACAACAGCAUCGGGCAAAUUAGUCCUUGCUGGAAAGUGCCGUUUCUCUUACCUUGAUUGGUCGACAGGUGCCUUAACCACCAUCACAAAGGUGGAUGAAGAUAAGCCGGACAACAGAUUCAAUGAUGGCAAAUGCGACGCUAGAGGGAGAUUUUGGGCUGGGACGAUGGGACCAGAAGAGAGGCCGGCUGAAGUGCGUCGUCGCCAGGGCUCCCUCUACUGCUUGCACUCGGACAAGUCGGUCACCAAGCACGCCAAGGACCUGGACAUCUCGAACGGCAUAGCCUGGAGCCUGGACAACAAGAUUAUGUACUACAUCGACUCGUUGACGGGGCUUAUCGAGGCGUUCGAUUACGACUUGGAAACUGGGAAAACAAGUAACCGUCGAGCUGUUGUCAGUGUGCCCAAGGAGGAAGGUUUGCCAGACGGAAUGUGCAUUGACCACCAGGGGAUGUUGUGGCUUGCGUGCUUCAGCAAGUCACGAGUCAAUCGCUACAAUCCAGAAACAGGCGAGAAACUUCAAACCAUCAUGUUCCCCGCCACCAACAUCACAUCAUGUUGCUUUGGAGGUCCCAACUUGGACGAGCUGUACGUCACCUGCUCUCGUAUGGGCAUCAGCGACGAGGUUGUCAGAAACGAGCAGCCGUUGGCCGGUUCCCUCUUCAAGGUCACGGGGUUAGGGGUCAAAGGGUUCGCCAGCAUGGACUUUGCAGAUUAAGUCUGUGCUCACAUUCUUCUGAGUUUUGACUGUCAACCUAGGCUGAACGAUGAACGUUUAAUUCUGAUUUUUGAAAUUUGAUUUGGGGAAAGUUCCAUUUUCAGCAUUUGGUCACAUUUUAGAGACAAUGAAAUCAUCGCAUGUUUAUUCCUCGCAGAUAUUGGAGACACCGAUUACGAAUUACCUCAAAUCCAUUCAAGUGCUCAGUUUUAAAUGAGAGAUGUGCAAACUGUAAGAUAUUGAUUAGGUGCUGUCCAUGUACAGGACGCAAUUGUAUUAAUUUUUCUUUGACAAGUAACAAUCACAGACUCAUGCCAGUAUUAAUUCAUAAAUACCUAAGACAGCUAAGCCAUUCCAGUUUGUCGAGAGCCCAUCACAUGGCCGGUUUUAAACAAGUGAAAAAGUAUGGCAUGGCUCAUUACGUCCUGUUCCACCUCACACAGUACCAGCUAUGCGCAAGUCAAUAUCCGUAUAAGGAGAUCGGGUUACAGCUUCUUAUGACAGGCACAUACCAUUACUUGGCUGCAAGGGUGUUUUGAAAAAUGAGGUGAAAUUCUUGAACAAAAUCGUUGGAAAUUUGUAAUUGAAACUUUCUGACUCAAAAGAUAUUUUGAAUGUGAAUGUUAUGUGCUUGGCUGGUCUUAAAUGUUAGGUUAAGACCUAACAAACCUGCAACUUGGACUAAAUUAGUCGCAUCCGUUCCUUUGAGCCAGUCUGAAACAAACGUUUAAGAUGGCCUAGCACAUAUGUAUUCCCUUGUUUAUAAUCACAAAUUGUAAUUAUUCAUCAGCGUAAAUUGACAUAAAUCUAUAAUGAACUUUAAUGUUAUUGCUCUCAUUUUAUUGGCAGGUUUCCAAAGUUAAUCUUUCUUUAAUUUCAGUUCAAAGUGGCAGACUUGUGGGAUCAGUCACUUGAUUAUCCAGAUAGCCAGAUUUGUGUUUGAUCGAAUAUUCAGUACAUUCCCAUCAGAGCAAAAACCAAGUAGAUUUCACGUUUGUGUCCCGAAAUUAGUAUUGAGCACUUUUUGGUUUAACAGAAUCAGCAACUGAAAUGCUUUUCUCUUAUAAUUUUUGGGUUUGGUAGCUUUUAGGAUACUCAGGUACAUGUGUUUGGACUCAGUAGGGUGCCCGGUUUUUUAAUGAGCUGUCCUUGAAGAGGGCACAGUAACUUCAAACCCCAUAUGAACAGUGCCUGAAAUCGUGCAACAUCCUACCAAAAUUAAACCUUGCAAUGGCUUACGAAGGAUCCAUGACUGAGGAUCACGCCUGGUACUAAAAAUUACCACAUGGUAAUCAGACUAAGUACUAGUUGUUGAUACUAAUUUCCGCAGUCACUUCAGCAUUAACAUCUGCACCCAGGAAUAUUUACAUCACAUAAAUUAAAAAAAAUAAUAAUAAUUUGUGUGACUAUCUGUAAAUUUUGUAUGUAUUUGAAUAGAUGUUUAAUUUUUAUGACUAGCCCGAUUGCAAUUUCUUAAGUUUUGGUCUCUUUUAAAUGAAAUAAAAAACACAAUUUCAGUACAGAA